AUGUUCCAUAUCUCCAUGUCCAUGCAUUGCAUGCCACGUAAAAUAUCUCCUCGUGAAACUUCCAAUUCUCUCUCUUUCUCUCCUUCUCUUUCUCGACGCGGGGAGAUGAUGAUGAUGAUACAAAAAUGACAGCAUCUGCCUUUCUUUUCCAAAUGACAUCACUAUUAAUGGGUGGCUUUAACCACAAUACUACAAAAUCCAACUCUAUAAUCCAAUCAAGUUUUUGACUUUAAGCAGACAACUUCCUUUUUCACACUCUUCCAUUUCUUGCAAGAAACAAACAGAAGGAUCACAGCAUGGGCAGCUCCGGCGCCGACGAAGAACUUUUUGAUCAAAUGAUUCGAGACUACUACGAAUCAGAAUCAAACACACCCAAUAGUAUUCCACCCAUCAUGAUUUCUUCUGGACCUCAAUCCAUUUUGCAGGUUAUUCUCUUGGAGGCUACAAAUUUUGAGAGAGAGAUUCUUGAAAAAGUUUUGAUGUAUAUUAGAAAUAUGGGAGAACCCAAUAGUCUGAAAAAAUGGGUGGUGAUGAGAUUGCAAAUGGAUGAUUAUAAAGCUUCUCUUUGUAAAACUUCUUGGGUCUCCACCUUUCGUUGCUCUAAAGUGUUUCAACACGUAGGAGAUUACGAGUAUAUAGAGGUGAUGAUGAACAGCAACAAUGGCAAGCCAACAAGAGUAAUAGUUGAUAUGGAUUUCAAGUCUCAUUUUGAAGUGGCAAGGCCAACACAGACUUACGAAGAACUCAUCAAUUCUCUUCCUUCAAUCUUUGUUGCUACCGAAGAUAGGCUUAAUAAGAUAAUCUCCCUUGUUUGUCCAGCUGCAAAAGCUUCACUUAAAGAGAAGGGUCUCCAUAUUCCUCCAUGGAGAAAAGCUAAGUACAUGCAAUCAAAAUGGUUGUCAAAAAACUGCAAAAGGGUCUCUAUCUCGUCAAAUAAUAACAUGGGUUUGGAGGAAAAUGAAGAAGAAGACACUAUCACUGCUGCUGCUGCCGCUAAGUGUUGUCCUUCCAUAUUUUAGCU